AUGUCGGGCCACGCUCUCCCCCAGCUUCCAAGUCUCGUACCGACUAUACCUCAUCGCCAGGAAGUGAAGCGUCCCAAAAAUGUUGGAGAACAUUAUGGGUCAACGACGUCGCUACGGGAUUCACGAUUAAGCUCCAAAGCGAGUCUCGCUUCAUUAUCGGAUAUAUCUAGGUAUAGCUCUAUAGCCAGUAUCCCUUCUCAACAUGCAUCCAACACGGACGUCUUCAUUUCUGGUAAUCACAUCACGACAUCACAACGAGUUUCACUGGUGCCGACCAUCUCUUUAUCAGAUUUGCAAUCAAGAAGAUCGACAAUUAGCAAUGCAGGCAACCAAAAGAAGAAGGUCUCGAACUCACGGCCGGCCUUCUCACCGUCAAAUGGUAGUGAUGAACACGAUAACGAAGAAAAUGACUAUGAUGAUGGAACCAGAGGCCAUGUAUCUUGGAUGACGGCUGCAUCGGCUGUAGAACACACGUCUUCGUCGCCCAGAAUCAUCUCUCAACGAGGGAGCUACCAGCAUCACGACAACAACAAUGCUGACGAGCAUGAACAACCGAAACGUCAGGAUCAAGUCCAGUCUCCAGUUCCGAUAUCGCAGCCUGUCCCUGCUCCUAAAUCGCCGAUUCGCAAGGAACGAAAACCUGUCGUGUACCCUUUAACUCCUCUUCAAUCCGAGAUCUUCAAUCUAAUGUCGGUCGAUCAGCCAGGGAAUAUCACCCAAUGUCAUAAAAUGCCCAUGAUCGCCGAAGUAGGAACUCUCAAGACCUGCGUCGCCCGGCUACUAUUAGAUCAUAAAAUCCUCGCAUCAGAGUUAUUUCAAAAUGAAAAAAUUAUUGAUGCUGAUGUUGAGGGUAUCAUACCGCCGAAUGUGACUACUGUGCCCGUUGUGGAGGAGGUGUUUGUAUCUGAAAAGAAUGUCAUUGGUGUUAGUCGAUUUUGUCUUGACAUUUCUCAAAAAGUCAACUUUAAAAAGUAUCCCUUCCGAAUCUAUCUUAUACGCAACAUCAAGCUCGAGGAUACAGUCUCGGAUGUAUUGCUGAUGAUGAUAUCACAAGCUCUAUGUGAUGAUAUGGGAUUAUCUUUGAUAGUUCGAGAUCUUAUGAAGGUAUUGAGAAUGUGUCAGGCAUGGCUACGAGAAGGAUUAUUAGACGACGAGGUUCAUCAACAACUAGUGUCUCUACCUCUGAAAAAUGACGACUAUCAGCCAGAAUCAAACCAAGCCAGAGACUAUGUCGGGCUAGCUCUAAACCAUAGAGCCAAUCCCGAUGCAAUCCGUCGUGGCAUUGCCUUUUGUAAACACCAAGUGUCUGAAACCAUCCAGGAACAUGUAAACGCUCACGAGAAGAAGAAGCUGGAAGCAGAAAUCAACCGAUUAGGUCAACAAGUUACCUCCUUCUCGAAGCAACGAAAUAUCAUGGUGACUCGAAAGGGGCAACUCGAAAUCGAAUACAACAAGCUGAAGGAACAACGAGUUGCCAUGGAUGAAGCGGAGAGUGUAAAUACUGUAUCUGUUACUAUUCCAGCUGCUAUAGCAGGUACACCUGUACGAAUGUCUCAGACAGCUUGGACGGCUCUUAUCCGAACUGUCUUGGGCGAUGCGGGAGCUCAAGACGAUGUGAAUGCUUUAACAGUCAAACAUGGUCUCAUGGAAGAAACACGAGAUAAGCUGCGUACCAAGAACAUAUCCAUUCUCGACUUUGCUUGCAUCACCGAAGGAAACCUAAACCCAUUAAACCUCUUGACAAAAGAGAAACGUAAAGUCCUGGCACUAGCUGAUUAUGUGCGAAAUCGUAUCAAAGAAUGUUUAGAAGGAGAAACGAAAAUCAAGUUUGAUUUGGAACGACAACUUGCAAAAAUCAAGAGGCAAUUAGAACAAUCGAAGGAUGAAUUGAGAAAGAGUCAAGACAAUCUCGAGUCUGCCGAUGACAUGAGAAUGAGACUGAAUAAUGUAUUGAAACCACCUAUGGUAGAUGUAGAGGUGCCAGUGGUAUCGGUCGAUGGAACUCAACGACGCCUUGGUUCGACAGCCAAUCUUGGAAGCACGUCGUCUAUAGCAGCUGCUAGCAAAUCUAGCCUCGUGAAUAACAGCAAGGAUGAACUUGGAAUACUUUUAGAUCUGGACGGGCUAUUUGGCACUGUUCCAGUGCAAUUUAGUGGAGAAAUUGCACUGUCGAUAUUCGAUUAUGUAGUUAGACGCCGCAAGAUCUCGAGUGCUGAUAGAUUACGAAAGCUGCAACAAGACAAUGUAGAUAGUGAUUCGAGUGCUGACGACGAUGAUGAGGACUCAUGUGAUGAUGUUGCUCAUCCUGACGCUGUCUGUCUAGCUGCAUUCUCAAUACUCCUCAAGCACAUUGCUGGCAUGGAAAAGUAUGUAGUGGGUAUAACUCAGGAUCUACGAACCAAGGAUAUAGAUGAGAUUGGACCAUAUACCAAUACCUUGCCAUUGAAAAUCCACUUCCCGCAGACUGGUACCACCUUUCAUGAUUUGGUGUUGAAAUUGAUUCACCGGUUACAACAUAUUCACGCCCAUGCUCGACACUGUCCGGCACCGCUCGUAGCACGUCAAGUUGGUGGUCUCCCAUGUCAAGGACCGCCUGUUCGCUUCCAAUACAUUCGACGGAGGGAAUUAGCUGGACUGGAUAUCUCGGAGGCCGAACUGUUACAACUGCCUUCAUCUGCAGCUCUCAAGUCAUCUCUUUUAUGGUCUGCCAGUGAUGAUCUAGUAGAUCUCAAAUUUACGGUUGUAGAAACAGCUCAAGGUGGUUUGAUUGGAGCACUUCGAUAUAGACGAGACAAGGGAAUGUGUGAUGAAGAUGUAUCACGAUGGGCUGAAAAACUUGUUUCGGUGCUGUCAGGUGUCGAUACUACGCGUCAGGAUACAGUGGCAACGCUAAUAUCACGGUUCCAUUCAACGGUAUGGGCAUCCAAGGACACUUUGCAACAAGCCAUGUAG